AUGGCUACUGAAUCUGUCCCGAGCUCUGAGAUAAUAACACUCACCAGACAUGUCCUGCACGACCAGAUGCGGCUUGGAGCUGCUGCCACCGGCGAUCUGACUUUGCUACUCACUGCCAUCCAAGUCACCUCCAAAUUCAUCGCGACCAAUGUCCGGAAAGCUCGUCUGAUCAAUCUGAUUGGUUUGGCGGGUGACACAAAUAUUUCAGGGGACGAACAAAAGAAACUCGAUGUCCUCUCAAACGAUAUCAUGGUCAACUCUUUGCGCGCGUCGGGCAAGACGGCCGUUCUUGUCUCAGAAGAGCUUGAGGACGCUAUCAUCAUAGAAGAAAAGAACAGAGGAAAAUAUUGUGUUGUCUUUGAUCCUCUUGAUGGAAGUAGCAACAUCGACGCGGGUGUUAACAUUGGAACCAUCUUCGGAAUCUAUAAGCUCCGUCCUAAUUCUGAGGGUUCAAUCAAGGAUGUGCUGAGGCCAGGUAGUGAAAUGGUAGCAGCUGGAUAUACCAUGUAUGGAUCGUCUGCCAACCUCGUUCUAUCGACCGGUUCUGGGGUCAAUGGUUACACCCUCGAUGCCGCCCUUGGAGAGUUCAUCCUUACCCAUCCCGAUAUUCAAAUCCCCCCUCGUGGGAAAAUUUACUCCUUCAAUGAAGGAAAUGCAAUGUUCUUCCACCCACCAGUGCUUGAGUACCUGAAAUCUAUCAAGUAUCCUGCUUCCGGAAAACCUUAUAGUGCUCGGUAUAUUGGCUCGAUGGUAGCCGAUGUCCACCGAACAUUUCUCUACGGUGGAAUCUUUGGUUACCCGGAUGACAAGAAAAAUAAGACCGGAAAACUGCGAUUAUUAUAUGAGGCAUUCCCUAUGGCAUUUCUCACGGAGCAGGCUGGCGGGAUUGCGACCACAGGCACCAAGCGUAUUUUGGACAUCGUUCCUGAAGGCAUACACGAGCGUUGCCCGGUUUUCCUGGGUAGUAAAGAAGAUGUGCAGGAUCUCAUGAAGUUCUAUGCGGUGUAAAGAAUAUCUGAUUCCAAAUGUAGUACAUACUGUGUAAUGAUUAAUCUUCUGUGCAUAAGGAAGCCGUACAUAGAAGCGGAAGCCGUACAUAGAAGCGCCCAUUGGCGCUUAAUAUUUAACUGAAACGCCGGACGCACUCAUCAGGAGUCAAGAGCUACGCUCAUCAUCGGCACACUCCUACAUUCUACGUACUCCUGUUUGCCACUUCUUUUCGAAACCCUCACUAGUGAACAUUAGUCAAGAUGGACGAGGUGAAUUUCUGCGCAAUAAAGAUUAUACCAUUUUCUGAGCUACAGACGGCAGUCUGUCUCCCUACGCCGUAAAUCUGUAAACAAGCGUCGAGUCAAUGUUCUCCUUUCAGAAGAUGA